GAAUGCGCGCGCACGGCGACGGUGAUGGAAAGCUGUGCAUCGUUUCCUUCUUUGUACUUUCGUGCAUUCCGAAUGUGGUGGGAUAAAAAGAUACGGACAGGGGCGAAUUAUGGCUGCAGUAUGUUUGCAAACCCUAAGUUACCUUGCUUCAUGCCUAAAAGAGGCAACUAGAUUUGUAAAUAGAAUUAAUGUCAUUUCUUGCGCAUCUUUGGACUUUUACUUCCCAUGCGUGGAACGGGUUUGAAUUUUUAGCUUUAAAGACUAAAAUUUUGACUCUUAUUUGGUUUAUUUUUUACCUGCCGAUGCGUUGCUUGAAUUGUGGUCGUUUUAUUAUUUGUUUGUGGCAGGGGUGCCCAUGUUUCCUUUAAAUAAUGUUUGGAUGCUUGCAUUACAUAAAGUAAAUAAUAAGUCUGGUAGAGCCUAUUGCAGGGGGCUUAUCUAUAACUUUUGUUAUAUGUAGUUAUAUAGCAAUUCUUGCUGCUAAUUAUUUCUAGCAUAACUUAAUGUGAAAAUGGUUUUACAGUACAGUAUGUGGUACUAGUCCAGCUCUACAUGCACACUAUACCUUUAAAGCACAUUCAAAGCACAUUCCUUCCCUCAAAGAAUUAUAGGCACUAUGGUUUAUCCCUCACCAGUACAAUUCCCAGUAACUCUGAACAAACUACAAUACCCAGAAUUAUUUGGGUCUGGGGAAUGUGCUUUUAAAAUAUAGUCAGUGUGUAUGCAACCUCAAUAGGCCACUGUAAACAAGACAAUGGCUUUCAUUCUAAAGAAAAGUGGCAGGUUCAACAAGGUUAUUUCCAUCUAAAUGGGGUAAACCUCCAUUCCUGUGUGACACAGUUGCAAUUCUCCACACACUCCAAAGUGUUUCUAUUUUUAAUAAUAAUAAUAAUAGACUAAACAAGCACAUACAUGCACCUGCACAUUUAACAUUUUGGCUACUUUUUCCUGGUGCUUUCACAUUUGCCACCAUGGGCUCCUUUUGGAGGAAGGGCAGGGUAGAAAUUUAAUUUUAAAAAUACUUCUGGAACUGUAUCAUACUGAGUUGGCCAAUGGCCAGUGUUGCCUGCUCUUGACUGCAGUGGUCAGAGGUCUUUCCCAUCACCUACUAUUUGAUCUUUUUAACCGGAGCUGCUAGGAGUUGAACUUCAGACACAGAAACCUGCCAUAUGAGUCAGACCAUUGGUUAUCAAGCUCAAUACUCCCGACCCUGACUGGCAGUGGCUCUCCAAGGUCUGACUCAGCCCUACCUAGAGAUGCUGAGAACUGAACCUGCGAUCUUCUGCAUGAAAAGCAGGUGCUCUGCCACUGAGCUACAGCCUUCCUUUCUGAAAGCUUCUACAUGUACACUUCCACUGUGCUAUAGACAUUCCCUACUGUAAAUAACAACAUCCAUCUCAAUUCUGUGCUUGUUGGGAAAGUUGACAGGAAAGCUUUAGACAUCUUGAUAAUUUUUAGUGCAUUUAGAUCUGGACAUUAAUUGCUUUGUCUUUGCUGUUUUAAGGUUGUUUUUUAUAUACAGUAUUACGCUUGCCUGUUUAUAGAUGGUUUGGGUGAGGUUUUACACUGGCUCUGUGAUUUUAUGUUAUUUGUAUUGAGGUUGUCUUAUGGAUUGCAUUGUAUUUGCAUAAUUUAUAGAUUUCUGUAAACUCCCUUGGGAACUUUGAUCAGUGGGUUGUUCUAGAAAUGGCACAAAUACAUAAAUGUUCACUCAGAAGCAACUUAUGCAACUUAUGCCCAAGUAACUGUGCUUAAGCUUGCAGCUUUUGUUACAAAUAAUACAGUAUUAGCUAGACUGGGGACGCUGUCAUGAAGACCCAUAACACAUAUCAAUGAAGUAGGCCACACUUUAAUAGUAUUCAUGACCCCAUUUUAAUACUGGGGGACUGAGGCAGAGAGACAGCACAUUCAAGGCCAUGUGAUAGCUGCCCACAUUUUGCAGGUCAAAGUUUGUUGUUAACAAGCUUAGUAAAAGUCUCAUUUAGAUUAGUGAGUGUAUCUUGCUCCAUAGCCACUCAACCUCCUAUGCAAACAUUUUAAUUUUUGUGUGUAAAAUACGACAUUGGAGUAUUGAACCACGCUCCUCUGCUCUUGCCAACUAAACUGUUUUUCUCAUUCAAUCAACACCAGAAUGUUAACCAAUGACACAGUUAAUUUUACAAACUGAAACUGUUGCCAUAGCUCCAGUUCAGCUUGAAAGAAUAGCCUUUUUAUCCUGGUUCUAAAGUUGUUUGUGCAACAUACUUAAUUAUUUCUUUCUUACAACUUUAAUUCCAAAUAACCAUACUAGUUCCUCUCGCUGUAUAACUCCAGUUGAAUUUCAAUGGAUUUUGCUUGGGUUUAAGUGCAUAUAAAUGUGCAAAGGCUUGAGAAGCAGAAAAACUGCAUGCAGACUUGGGUCGUCAUAUUGUAAAUAGUCUUAUCACCAGCAGCUUAUGCUGACAUGAUCUUUAAUCCUCGUCAUACAGAACAGCUUGGCAUAACCUUUGUCCACUUCUUUGAGGAGGGAAAAAAAAACCCCGAUGUUUUAUCGUGGUGAGGUGACUCAGAACAACUUUAAACAUGCUCAGUUUGUAAGUGAAAACCUCAGAAAGCAAAGUGAAAGAGAAGCACAUUAGUAAGAAUGGUGGGCCAUCAAAAACGCAAAAUAGAAGGAGCUGCAGCAAUUCAUUCCUACAAAUGUCAGCGAAAGGUGAGUGUUGCUUUUAUUUCUCUCCGCUAAAAAUAAAUCAAUCAUACAUGUAAUUAUAAAAUCAGAUAAUUACUCAUAAACAAGAUUUUAUUUAUUUUAACAUUUAUAAGCUGUACGUUUUGCCAAAAAUGACUUGUGAAGUAGCAAUGUAAAGAUGUACAUCUUUAUUGAUAUAUAUAUUACAGCAAAUACAGCUUUAGGGUCUUAGACCACGAUGACUGAUUUCCACCACCACCUCUCAAAAGGGUGUACACAUUAUUUGAGGCUAUAGUAUAUUGCAAGCUAAGGCACCAAUGUAAAUAGUGAGACAGUAGUUUAAAUGUACAAAACUUAGUAGAAAAGUUACGAUUGCAUUGUGGUAAACAGUCUGCAGUGGGUGAUGUGACAUCCCUUAUUUCUUCAACGUUCUUGUAUGCCAUUAUGACUUAGUAAGCAAAUUUUAGCACUUGCAUUAAAAAUUGGCAUGGAUGCCCGAUGCCCAAUGUGUCAUGGGCCCCAUGGAGACUUCUUGUUAGGGCUGGGCAGAGGCGGGGGGGAAUAAUGGGAUGUGGAGCUGGAUCCCGGAGAGGGACCCAGCUGUCUGGAAGGUUCUGAACUGGGUACUGAAGAGGUGCAGAGUGGAUUGUCAGGGAAGAUCUCUACUUUGGUCAUCAGACAUCCAGAGUACAGUGACAGAGCGACUUGACUUGAUGCAGCACUGCCUUCUGCCUGCAAACUGCUUCCCACCCCUAGAGGGGCACCUGAGGCUAGAUCAGACAAUGAGUCAAUCUUGUCAUUUCCACCUCCAUUUGCAAAGAUGCAGCAAAGGCAGACACAGCAAACCCAUCCUGUAUUCGUAACAGUGUCUGCUUGCUUGCCCAGUCCUAUGGCUUGGGGUGGCAACUGCAGGAAUAAAUGUGCCCACCCUGCUCUUCAGAAAAGGCAUAUAUGGAUGGGGUAUCAAGUUUUUGGACAUUGCCUUAGCUUAUGCCUAACUCCGCUGUGAACUUCUGAACCAUGUAGCCUGAUAAAUGGUUCAGCAUUGAAGUGAAUUUUGCAAUUAAGCCUUUGGCAGCCACCAAGCUAUGACCAUGUGUGGGAGCCAGAACACAAUCAAAUACUCUUUUUCAGAGGAGAAGCGCCUGUUUGUUGUUUUAUUGUGGUCAUCCCUAGCUAAAUACACGGUGCUGCUGACCUUCCUCACAAGGCUGUUGUUGUAAAGGAUACUUAAUACGAUUUUUGUUUACUUAAUGUAAUAGGUUUCCAUCUCAUUUUCCUAUGCAGCUAUAUUCAAAGUUGCUAGCAAUGACUCCAAACACUAAAACUAUAAAAUCACAAUCUAAAACCACAAGAAUGGAAGUUCUAAAAAUACCAUAUCAGAGUCACAAAAAAGAAAACACUUGGAAAACAGCACCAGAAUAGCCCAGUGAAAAAUAUGUCAUUUCAGCAGUAUCUAUUAAAACCCAAAAGUCUGCAUAAGCUGGUGAGUCUUAAGACCUGAAGGUGGGAAGAGAGAAUAUGAUGGAUCUCCCCAAGAAUGGCAUGCCACAAUUGUAUAUAAACUUAAAUAAGGUGCUUUGACCAUUCCGAAGUAUUUAUAUAAUUGCUAAAUAUCAUCAUCACCAAUAAUACAUUAGCUACAAGAAUAUGUUGCAGUUUGUCAUAUAUUUCCAACAACAAAUUUUUGAGUACUGGGACAGUUUGAUUUCCCUGCAACAGAAAUGCUUUAUAUUCAUGCAGUGACUGAAAACUCUUGAGUAAAAAGGCUUUUAUACAACAGAAAAUCAUUGGGAAUUAUUCUCCUUUAGUUUGCAGAAGAUCUCAGCCUUAAUGAUAAGACAAAAAUAAGUAAAAUACUGGUCCUGAUUCCCCCCCCAAUAUGGUGAAUUUUGGUGAAGUUUUGUUACACUGUUUUGAUUUGUUUUGUUACUCCUACAUCUCACAAACUCUGAACUUCCUCCAUAGUCCAUUUUAUAUGCCCUUUUUUGCUUUCUCUUCUGACUUUCCCCCCUUCUCCCCUGCAUAAAGCCAUCCUCUUUGUCUGAAGUGACAUUUAAAUAAUACAGCUUAUCUGUAAAGCUUUAGCUAUGAGUCAUUCUGCUACAGCUGGUUUAGCUUCCAUUUCACCAAGGAUGUUGUUUUUAAUUAUGUUGCUAGAGUCAAAGCAACUUCCACAACUAAAAGUGCUUUCAGAGAUCUGCUUCCACUGGUACCCAAAGCUCCAGAGAGGAAGCAAAAGUUCCCUCUAGGAAAAUGCCAUCUAGUACUGGAUAUUGACUGUGCCGGCAAUGGUUCAUGCAGAUCCUGCCAGUACAUUUGCACUAGCAACAAUAAGCAUAAUCAGCCCCAUAUGGAUUGUGGGUGUUAGUCACUGCCUGGAAGUGCUUUGAGUUGCCUUUUUACUUUGUUGCAAAAGCUUAACAUUUAUCAUGGCCUGGUAUUAAGACUGAAAUAUCAACUGCUCAGAGAAGUCAGACCGACUCACCGCCCUUUCCUAAGUAGAGCCCUCCAUCUUGGAUCCUGCACACCAUACACUAAAACCUGGUGAAAUACCACUGCCCUCUAAGGAAUGGACCUCAGGCUCUUCCAGUGAACAGAAGAAACCUUUCCCAACUUGGGAAGUGUUAUUCAACCAAAUCACUACUAUUCUAGCCUUCACCUCCUGGAAGGAGCUAGUGUCUGAAGAACAAGACACGGGUCCUUAAAGAUGUAGUCAGUUAAGGUCACUUAAGGGGAUAGAGCUCCCAGAAAGACAUUGCUGGCUAGGCCAUAAAACCCCGACCAUUGCUCCAGGCUAGAGCUGAGGUCAUGUCUGUAACCUUAGUUGGGAAAUUGCUGGCCAUGGUCCUGAACUCACACCAAGAAUCUCUGGGCUGCAAUUAUGUCUAGUGUGCUGGACCUGCCCUGUUUCAGAUCAGUGCCAGCUUUCUUUGUGUCCUCAUGCUUGUGCUGUUGGAUCUCUGGGAUGCUAGAAACUCUCAUGGAUCGGGAGAAUUCCAUAGGUGGCUUUGUAUUAUAUCUUGUAAAAAAUAAAUAUGGGUCUUUGUUUUUUUUAAAAAAAAUAAUAUUUAUUAAAAGUUUAAAGAUUACAGAAAAAGGAAAAAAAGAAAGAAAAAAUAAACAAUACAAAUCAAUACAUUGCUAUGCAUAAAAAAAGAAAAAACAAAAGACACAAUACAUCAAAACAAAAGCAGAAGCAAAAACAAUUAAAAACACAUCCAAUGUUUCCAUAUCUUUGUCUUUCAUUAAUUCAUUAACUUGUUUCAUCAACCUCCUCACGCCUCCCUUUUUUGUGUUCUAAUUAUUAAUUAUUUCAGCAAAUCCUUUCCGUCUUUCACUAUUUUCUGUCAUAUAAUUGUCAUAAUUUAUUUUAACCUUAUCUUACCAUUAAUACCCUGAAACUUAUUUGUACUUAACUCCUUAUAACAUUUCUACUAAAGCCGUGUAAUUUCAUUCCAACAUUUUUCUAACACUCAUUAAUUUUACAAUGUUUCUAUAAAUAAAUUUUAAACUUUUUUCCAAUCUUCUUCCACCGUCUCUUCUCCCUGGUCUCGGAUUCUGCCAGUCCUUUCUAUCAGUUCCAUAUGGUCCAUCAACCUGGUGAUCUUCUGUCCGAGGCUCUUAACUCUUUUCCAUGUCCCUUCUGCAAAUCUUCUUCAUAUUUGUACAUGCACUUUACUUUAUCUUCUGCUGAUCUUAUUCUUAAUUUCCUUCCUUUGACACUGAGGAGUAGAUCUCGGGGAAGCUCCAACCUAACAAUGUCUUUAUUCCUUCUCGACAGGUCAGCCCAUUCUCCAUAGUCAAAACUAGAGUCCAAAAGAUAUUUCAGGACGUGUUUCAACUGGCUUUCUCUAAAUUCAAUCAUAGAAGGCAACAGCUUAUAUUCAUCAAAUUGUCUCUGUAGGACUGGGGCUCUCUCCACUUGUAUUACUUGAGGUUCUACAACAACUUUCUCCCUCGUCUUCUCCACAACUUGCCAUGUCGAAGUAGAUUCCUGAAUCGAUUCCUGAGUAGUUUCUGUAUAGAUAUUCACUUCUUGUCCCAAAUCAGUCAUUUUUUGUCCCAAAUUAUCAAUUUUAAUAGUCAUCACAUCCAUCUUCUCAUGAAGCUGUUCCAAUAAAGCACUUAUCUUGCAAAAUGCAAUCACUAAGGCUUCUUCUGUCGACAUUCUUGUCCAAGGUCAAUCUCUGAUUCUCACGGUCUUUUAUCUCUGCAGCUGGAAAAUUCCCCAGCUCCACUCCUGCAACAGUUUCAAAAGCUCCUCUAGAGGAAACAAUUUCUAUUUGUAUCCGUCCUUUUAAACGCAGAUCCAGCAACAAAGUUAGUUUCAAUCUUUCAGUUACUUUUGCUCCUUUUUGAGUGCAAAAGGAAACAAUGGAAACAAUAUAUUUCUCUUAUUUAACUAUCUGUCAACGUACGUUUUAUUCACAGUCAAUGAACUUUCCCAAAACGUCAAUCUUACUGGCAGCCCGUUCCCAGGUUCAAAACGGUGGUAGUUUGUCUUUCUUCACUCUCUCUCCUGCAGGCUUAGGCGAACUAAAAUUUCCCCCCUCUUCUCCUGCUUCCAAGGGGGGGUUAAUAAUUUUAACCAAUGGAAAUUUAAUCCUUUACAAAAGGCUCUCCAAGACUUUAGCUUACAGCGUCUUUGCUCAAUCUAUUUACAAAAGAGGAAGGCGGACUUCCUGUUUGAAACCUUCCCGUUUCGGUGCCGAAUUAAGAUGUUUAAAGAUCCAAUUUUCCGUUCUACUCACGGGUAGUUGUUUAAAGUCCAAUUGUCCACAGGAAAAGUCAGCACUCUCCGGCAGCGGCAAUGCGGCUUCACUCCGUGAAAGAAGCAGUCAAUUCGAAGCACCGCGCCGCUCACCCCACGUCGCUCCGGAUCCCCGAAACCGGGUUUCCCCGCGAGUAGGGGAGGUGCAAAAGGUGCCAGCCGAAUCCCACAUCCACAGGCUUCUCCCGCCUGUGGUUUUUAAUGGGUCUCCGCCUCGCCGUGGCGGCCAGACCCUGAGUUUCACGGAGCGGAUUCCUCCCGAUCAGAGGAAUUCCGCCAUUGCUGGAGGCGCUAACCCGGAAGUCAAAUAAAUAUGGGUCUUUGAAGGGUAUGAGUCCUGUAAGCCAUGUGAUGUGAAAUGGGCACAAAAGAUGGUCAAAACAACCAUCUACUAGAUUGUCCACUUAUCAGACACAUACCUGGAGCUCUACAAGUGCUACAUGAAAUUACAUGAACUGUCAUAGAUAUCUAAGUAGAUGUGUGGAAAGAAGGCAAAACCCCAAAUACACUUCAGAUGUCUCUUAUUUUUGUGAUAUAUCAGUUAUCCAGAAUGCAGCUUCCAUACCUAUAAGCGCCAUCUGUUAGGACUGGAUACCAUGCCAGAGUUCUUCAGGCCCUAGUUGGUUUAAUGUCUGUGCUUCACUUGUUGCUCACCAGUUGCAGCCUGAUUGGGAUUAGCAAGCCUCCAGGAAAUGUUAGCUCAGUUUUGCAUCUGAAGUUUAGGUAGGCUGCUGGUUUAGAUACGCAGGCUGCUCUCUCUCUUGGUUUGGCUCUCUCCCUGAAACACACUCUUUCUCUCUGGCCUACCUCACAUUUUCCGCUUGCCUGCCUACCAGUGCUUGAGAACAGGAACUACAUCCAACUGACUGUUAAUUGGAGUUUCCAGAAUAUAAUGACAUGAAGGCUUUGAGAUUUGCUUGGGACUACAUAUGGACAUGCCUUAGUUUGAUUUCUUAGGCUAUCUAUGGCUCAUGGUUCUGGAUGGAUUCUUGCAAACACACCACAAUUUCAAACAUCUAAAGCAGUCAUAAUUUAUUCAGUGGUAUUUGUGAGCAUGGCAGAUUUUAAAAAUAAGUGGCACACAGCUACUGUAUAUGGUUUAGUAAACAAUUCAGCUACUGAAGUGUGGAUGAUAUUAGGAGUAUGAACUGAGGACUGGCUACACAAAACCCUGCCUUAUACUGAAUCAGAUCACUAGUCCAUGUAGCUCAAUAUUGUUCAUACAAUCUCCAAAGUUACAGAUGAGAUCUUUUCCAGCUCCUCUACCUGGAUAUGCUGGAAAUUAAGCCUGUGACCUUCUGAAUGCAAAACAUUUAUUGUAUUAGUGUAGGCCUUCUACGGAGUUCAGGUUUCAUGUAAAAAUAAAAAUAAUCAUACAUAAUAAUAAUCACAUGAAUACUAUUUAUCUGAGGAGCUGUCCUUUCAGUACCUCAACACUGCUGAUAUUUGUACACACAAAUGUAAAUUUACCGUGUCAAGACUGCAUUAUUUUGCCAAGUUUGAUCUGGACUGUUGAGUGAUCUAGCUCAUAAUUUUCCAAACGCUAAAAGGUCUUUGGGAAGGAAAUCAUAUUAGAAUAUUGUGCUUGGACAUGAAAUCAUUCAUCAGAUCAGUUUAACAUGUCAGCAUUCAAAGGAAAAGUCCACCCAUGUUGAUUUAACUAUGUAAAAACUGUGUGAGAGAUGGCCUGAUAAGAGGGUUAGGUUACUUACUGAGAGGUGGUUGUAAGUAAUCUGUUUUGCAUCACCAUGCUGAUUGCUAGUACUGGUCUGGAAUGUGCAAAAUCCUAAAUUAGAUGUAUGUAUAUACUGGGCAUUUUUGCAUCCAAGAGUGCAAAUGUGUAUGAGCAACUAGCACAUUUAAUUCAGGAAAAAUAAAGCAGGUCAUGCAUCCAAACGUGUACUGAAAUAGAAUAUUAAGUCUUAAACCAUUAUUUUUCAAAUAAAUAAAGACUGCUUUUUGUUUUUGCAAAAUCAGAAAAGAUAUAGCCAUGUAGAUAUGUAUUUUGCAAUAAAGCUUUGAAGGAGAUUUGUAUUAUGCAUAAAUACAUCUGUGUUUGUACCAAAAACUACAAAAGCACCAUAUAAAGAGGGGUGAGGGAGAGAGAUGUUCUGCUGGCAUUCAUAUCAGCCCGCCUCCCAGUAUAUAUCACAUAACUCAGUUAAAGUGGUACUAUGAUGACAGGAACCAACCAGAAAGCACCAUGCAAAUCAGAAUACUGUAUCCUGUACCAGCUGCUCUGUUGCUAGCUGGUUGUUAUAGUGAUAAACUGAGGCCUUGCCUCUUGGCUUCUCCUUGAAAGAAAAACCUUUAAUUUCUCAAGGGAAGGAAAAGAAGCGAAGGGGGAGAAGGCGGGGGAGAGAAUUACAUGAGAAAGGAAAACAUUAUCUGACUGAGAAGAGAAUAGCAGAGAGGGCAUCACCGCAAGCAGCAUUCACUGGCCAUGCCAGUGCUUGCAACUAAUGCUGAGUCAGAAACAGGUAUCCCAACAUCCCUUUCUAAUGAGCUUCCUUCAGAAACCAUGGAGGAGAUAGAACACACAUGUCCUCAGCCUCGACUGGUAAGUAAGAGACAAAAGGAUACAUUUAUUUGUCACCCUUUGAGCUCUUUGUCUUAUUAGGAUGUAAUGAAAUCAGUACUUUAUAGCCUGAAUAGAAAUUAGAAAACAGCUUCAUCCAUUUUAGCUCUUUGUGUUUAUUGUCUAUAUUGUGAAAAUGUGUAUUGCAAAGUAUUAAUUAUAUCUACUGCAUUAAGAAAGACAAUUUAGGGAUUGUUGCAUGUUUCUCUCUUUCAACUGAGUGUCUCGAGCUAUGCAAAAAUAAAAUUAAAAAAUGGUGCUUUCCCCAUCCCUUUGUUAGGUUCAGAUUGCAACAGAACUCUUCCAUUACUCCUUGCCUGUUCUUUGCCUUUCUGCUGUUUUAAAAAAUGAAAUGGCAGGGAAGAAGGGAUUUAAUCAUCAAAAAAGCAAAAACUGCCUUUUAGAGAAACACUGGAAAAGAAUGUAACAGAUCUCACUUUUUGUUUUGGUUUUCAGGGAUUCCAGUGUGCACAAAAUGGAUGAUAUUACUUUCAAGCAGUUGAGAGCAUAUGAGUUGGGACAGUAGCAUUAGGAGAAAAUCUGCAUUUCUUCAGUAAUUAAUCUAUAGAAACUGUGUUUGUAAGGAAGCUAGCUGCAUAUAGAAUUAAGCAUUCCUUCCUCACUGCAUGGAGGCUGUUCUGAAUUAGACCAGCACCCACUUUGAAUAUUUUCAUUACCAUUGUUUCACAUAUACAUUUUGUAUCAAUCAAAAAUUUUGCUCAGAUUUUUUAUAAGGGGGGGGAUAGAGAGUUCAGCUUGGUGGUUCUCUGAAGUUGUUCGUUGCAUAAGUUAUGCUUGAGAUACUAUAAGAGCUACUAUGAAAGGUUUGCAUUGUAAGAGAUGAGUGCACUAGCAUAUUAUAAUUAGGAAGGGUAAAAAAAUGGCCUCUGAUGUAUGUGAAUAGGAUUGGGUUCACUUCCAAAAGUAAGUAAGCUACACUACUAGGCCAACUUACCUGGGAGUCAGUGCUACUUAUUCUAUAAGGGGUACAUGAAAAGGAUAUCUAGCUUUAUCCUAACCAUGCCCCAGCAAUCUAAUACGAAGUACCCUGGGGGCUACAUACUGUUUUCCAUAGCAAUAAAUACUUUCCCCAUUUUCCUUUCCUAAAAAGUAGUUUAAUCACUCCCAUCACUGCUUCCUGAGAAAGCAAAACACAGGCAGCCAAUUUGCCAAGCUGUCACUGUGACGUAGGCAGUAGUUUAAUACUUUCCCAUGGAGAAUAUUAAACACUGAAAUGGAAUAAUAACUUUGAUUUUUACCAGUGUUUAAACAAUCAUUUAAUGCUUACAUUCAACUUUCUAUUUUAGACGCUAUUAAAAUUCCAUAAUAAUUGAUGAACAUGACUUAAAUUAACUUUUUAAUAGGGAUGAGUUGGGGGUUUUUAAAAAAUGUUUUGUUUAAAGCAUGGAGAUGGUUACAGACAUUUUGCAUUGAAUUGUGCUUAUGAUAACUGUUAAAGAGUUUCCUGUUGCAACCUCAUGCACAACAAAAAUAUCCUGGAAUAUAUUAGAAUCCCAUCAUCAGACAAGAAGAAUGAAAAUAAUAUAUUUAUUUGUUUAUUGUUUCUUUAUAUCCUGCCUUUCCUGCAAGGAGCUCAAGGUGGCAUACAGAGUUCUCCCUGUUCCCAUUUUAUCCUCACAACAACUCUAUGAUGUAGAUUAGGCCAAGAGAAGUUGACUGGUCCAAAAUUACCAAGUGAGCUUCAUGGCUGAGUGUGGAUUUGAACCAGGUCUAGUGUGAACUUGAUACUUACAUAUGCAUUUUGCCUAUUGUUGUAGCAUUCAUCUGGGAAUGUUUAUUGCUUCAAGAACUAUAUUAAUAUUACCAGAGUUUGUUUUCAAUUUCCACAGCAUUUUGAAUGAAAUACAGGAGCGACACUGUGUGAAUCAAGAUUUAUGAAACACUUUAACUUCUAACAUAAGCAUAUGGUGGGACUGUACAUAUUCCUAUCCAUAAUCUAAGUCCUGUAUGAAAUAAAUAUGCUGUUAGCAAGGGUCAAGAAAAUACAGCUUUCAUUUGGUCGGGAUUCAGCAAGAAACAUUUAUUGAAGUGGUAGAGAAUAAAUAGGACAAUGCAGGAAAUGGCUUUGUACAUACAGUGGUACCUUGGGUUACAGAUGCUUCAGGUUACAGAUUCCGCUAACCCAGAAAUAUUACCUCGGGUUAAGAACUUUGCUUCAGGAUGAGAACAGAAAUUGUGCUACGGUGGUGCAGGGGCAGCAGGAGGCCCCAUUAGCUAAAGUGGUGCUUCAGGUUAAGAACAGUUUCAGGUUAAGAACGGACCUCCGGAACGAAUUAAGUACGUAACCAGAGGUACCACUGUAUAUUGGAGUUGUUUGAUUGAAAUCAUCCCACAUGAAAAUUGUGGUCUGUGUUUGAAACCUCAGAAUAUAGACAACAUAGAGAACUAGUAGGAUUCUGAAAGAGUUCCCAUGCCAACUGAUUCUGGGCCUCUAAACUCAAAAGGAUCAGAAAAUUACAAGGCUCCCUCCCCUCCCUGCUCACUGAAGCAAGGUCUACAGGAGCAAAUGGCCUACAAUAACCCUUUCAGAUAAAAAAAGAAUUAGAAAACAAAUAAGGAUACAGAAUUGUAUAUGCUCUUUCCCUCUAAUGUUAGAUUCAGUUUAAAAACUGCAAUCCUCACCAUCUAUUACAAUUGGCCAUUCUUCCUGGGGUUUGUGGGAAGUGAAAUCCAACAUUUAGUCUCCACACCAGCUCUAGUGGUGCUGGGGAUAUGUAUAUAAGAAUAUUUAGAUGGUUGCCAGAGAAACACUAAAGUUGUGAGCUUUAUUCAAUUAUGUUGGUUUCACAUGGAAGUGCUUUCACACAAGGAGUUUGCCACACAAAAUCUGAGGGGGCAUAGUCACAAGAGAAAGCCACACCCCAUGACAGAGGUAGCUAAUGUGGUGGACAGCAAGUCCCAUACAGCCCAACAACAUCCAGAGGACACAAUGUUAGCUAUCCCUGUCCUAUGAAUUUCAGAACAUUUGAAGUGGCCUCUGGGAGCUUGGAAGUUUAUAGGCAAUGCACUAACAAAGUACUUCAUUAUCAGUCGUGUAGUUAGUUAUUUAACAGAAUUUAUAUACCACUUACAAAAGACCAGAUCCAGGCACUUUUGGAAGAAACUGAUUUUUUGGAUGCAUUUCAGUCGGGGUUUAAGGCCUGGUUUUGGCACAGAAACUGCUCUGGUCACCCUGUGUGAUGACGUCUGUCGAGAAAGAGACAAGGGAACAUGUCCCUGUUAAUUCUUCUCAACCUCUCAGUGGCUUUUGAUACCAUUGACCAUGGUAUCCUUCUGGAGCGACUGUCUGAACUAGGGGUAGGCGGCAUCGCUUUGUGGUGGUCCCAGUCCUACUGGGAUGGUCGUUCCCAGAGGGUGUUGCUUGGGGAAUGCUUUUCAGCCCCAUGGAACCUUCACUGUGGGGUUCCUCAGGGCUCAGUCCUACCCCCCACAUUGUUUAACAUCUACAUGAAAUCGCUGGGUGGGGUUAUCUGGAGGUUUGGAGGAUGUUGUCAGCAGUAUGCUGAUGACACUCAGCUCUAUUUCUCCUUUACAUCUGCAGGUGAGGCAGUGGAAGUGCUGAACCAGUAUCUUGCCUCAGUAAUAGACUGGAUGAGAGGCAACAAACUGAAAUUCAAUCCAGAUAAAACUGAGGUACUGUUAGUGGGUGGUUCCCUAGACCAGAUGGGUGGGAGAUCACCUGCUCUUAAUAGGGUUACACUUCCUCUGAAGGAGCAGGUUUGUAGCUUGGGGUACUCCUGGAUCCCUUGCUAUCACUCGAGGCUCAGGUGGCUUCAGUGGCCCGGAGUGCCUUCCAUCAGCUUCAGCUGGUGGCCCAGCUUUGCCCCUAUCUGGACAGGGAUAGCCUAACUACUGUUGUCUAUGCUCUGGUAACCUCAAGGUGAGAUUACUGCAAUGCGUUAUACGUAGGGCUGCCUCUGAAGACGGUUUAGAAACUUCAGCUAGUGCAGAAUUCAGCAGCCUGGUUUCUCACCUGAGCAAGAGAGAUUGAGCAUAUUACACUGAUCCUGGUCCGACUGCACUGGCUACUAAUUAGUUUCUGGGCCAAAUUCGAAGUGCUAGCUUUGACCUAUAAAGCCUUAAAUGGCUCAGGACCACAAUACCUCAAGGACCGUCUAUUUCCAUAUGAACCUACCCGGACCCCAGGAUCAUCUUCUAAGGCCCUCCUUCGUGUGCCUCCUCCCUGAGAGGUCCGGAGGGUGGCAACAUGAGAACAGACCUUCUCUGCAGUGGCUCCCCGUCUAUGGAAUGCUCUCCCCAGGGAAAUUUGUCUGGUGCCUUCAUUAUACACCUUUAGGCGCCAGGCAAAAACAUUCCUUUUUAACCAGGCCUUUGGUUGAUUUGAUUGUCAUCCUAUGCCCUUUUAAAAUGUGGGUUUUGUCCCGGGGGGGUUAUUGGGUAGUUGUUUUUAUUUUGAUUAUAUAUUUUGUGGUUUUAUAUUUUGAUUUUAUUCUGUGAACCACCCUGAGAUCUCCGGGUAUAGGGCAGUAUAUAAAUUCAAUAAUAAUAAUAAUUUAUUGUUUGUACCCUGCUCACUCUGGGCAGCUUCCAGCAUAUAUGAAAACAUAGUAAAAUUAAACCUUAAAAAGCUUUCCUAUACAGGGCUGCCUUCAGAUGUCUCCUAAAAUAUAUAUAAUUACUCAUCUCCUUGACCACUGAUGGGAGGGCAUUCCACAGCGUGGGCGCAGCUACCAAGAAGGCCCUGCCUGGUUCCCUGUAGCUUCACUUAUUGCAGUGUGGGAACCGCCAGAAGGCCCUUGGUGCUGGAUGACAGUGUCUAAUCAGGUGUAGUAGAGCCACACAUUCAACCCAAAGUGGAAGCAAGAAUAAGGUAGAUACCAAAAGGGCAGAAUAUAAGCAUUUUUUUAUAUAAAAAAGUAGAGCAUUGUUUUCCAUUUUUCUUCCUUGAGAUAAUUCAUAUACCCUAUGUACACCCAGAGAUUUUGUGAGUAGAACUCACGUAUUUUAAGCUGCAAUCUAUGCAAAGCUACAUAUGUGGGAGUAAGUCCACUUGAAUUUGGUGGGACUUAAAUCUGAGUAGACAGGUAUAGGCUUGCAGUGUUGCUCACUGGAGUGAUGAGAGAACUUGUGUCCUGUUACAAACCAGCAGAGGGAGCUUAUGGAGCAAGGCAACAGGAAUAGCUUAGAUCACAAUUGGAAAUGAACGGAGGCCUUUUGAGCCUCUGCCUCCAGUCCACCUGCCCUUGGUGUCAUCCCCUUUCGGGGAACUAAAGUCACUUAAAGUGUGAACCCUCUGGCUGAAAAUGGGUCCUUUCUGCAUUCCAUGACCUCCUACCUGGUACACUCCCAGUGCCACUGAACCUGCAAGGGCAGACCCUCCAAGUGUCCCUAUUUUCCAAGGACGUCCCUGAUUUAGAGAAGCCGUCCCGGUUUCUGAUUUGAUUCCGGAAUGUCCCACUUUGCCUUAGGAUGUCUUCAUUAGAGAAAUGUUGGAGGGUAUGGAGUUAUCUGAACCCCAAGCUGUCUGAAGGCAAUUCUGCAUAGUGAAGUUAAAAAAAAAAUGUUAAAUUUUUUAUGUUUUUAUAUAUGUUGGAAGCUGCCCAGAGUGGCUGGGGCAACCCAGUAAAAUGUGUGGGAUGUGGGUGGCGCUGUGGUCUAAACCACAGAGCCUAGGGCUUGCCUAUCAGAAGGUCGGCGGUUCGAAUCCCCACAAUGGGGUGAGCUCCCGUUGUUCAGUUCCAGCUCCUGCCCACCUAGCAGUUCGAAAGGACGUCAAGUGCAAGUAGAUAAAUAGGUACUGCUCCGGCGGGAAGGUAAACAGCGUUUCCGUGCACUGCUCUGGUUCGCCAGAAGCGGCUUAGUCAUGCUGACCACAUGAGCCGGAAGCUGUAUGCCGGCUCCUUCGGCCUAUAGAGAGAGAUGAGUGCCACAACCCCAGAGUCAUCUGCAACUGGACCUAAUGGCCAGGGGUACCCUUACCUUUAUAAAUAAUAAAAUUAUCAUUAUGGAAUGGGAUGUCCCUGUUUUCACUGGAGAAACGUUGGAGGGUAUGCAAGGGAGUGUGGGAGGCACUUAGUUCCUCUGACUUAGGGAUAUUCACCUGUGAGGGCCCUAACUCAGGUUCUAUGUGUCCUGGUUCAGAGAAGCCUUGGGUUCAGUGGUCCCAUGAUCACCAGCAUCAGGCUCUGAGCUAGAACUCAGUCUGGAUCCUUCCAGAUCAAUAAAGUAUUGGUUGCUGCAAACUUUAGUGCAGCACUAGCCAGACCAAUGGGAAGCAUUAAGAAAACUUUGACGCUAAAGGCUUGAAGACUAUUCCCUCUGAUAAGCUGUAAUGCUAGCAUAAACUGUUCAGUGGGUGGCAAAGGAAGGCCUUUCAGAAUUCCCAAGCAUCCAUAAUCAAAAAGCUUUCCCUGUUCUACCAAGCAAGGAGAGAGAUGCAAGAGUGGGGGUGGGGGGCGGAGAAACGACCACGAAACAGGUCUAUUUUCUUUAGGUUAUCUCCCAGGAAACAGCCUUUUACUAGCUAAGUCAAAAUUAUCAUCUUCUAGGCCUGGGACCAUAGCCAUUAUUGUUUUAACAUCUCUACUUUCCUCUUUAUCCCAGCGUGAAACCACAUUGGACUGGAUGUUGUGUAACUUCACCUUGCUUAGAAAUAAAAAGGCAGUUAAGCACUCAACUAUUAUAAAGACACAAGGGGGAAAGACAGUGAUUAGAAAAUAUAGGAAAGAGCCCAGACUGUAUGGUCAUGUAUAAUAAAAAAGAAACACUGUGCUCCAUGGUGAGUCAGUUUCUACAAAACCCAACCCUUAAAGUUUGAUUUAAGUGUACAUUGCACAUCAGAAGUAGUAGUACUAGGUAUAUGUAACAGAUUUUACACGCUUAAAAAUCCCUUUAAUGUUACUUUCCCCACAUGUUUAUGUAACAGAUAGCAGUAGUAAUGAACAAGAUGUUUUCUUUGCCCUAAUUAUUCAAUUCUCUUUUAUGGCUCUCAAGACUUUUAAAGAGCAGUUAAAGGAUAUGAUAUGACACCAGAGCUCCAGAAAAGACAAAAAUAUUUUAGUGCACGGAAAGACAGCACUAGCUCUUCUCAUCUGGGCCAUAGAUUUUAUUGGGAUUAAAAGCUAAACAACACAUUUGAGGAAAAUCACAUGGUACAGUGCUCCUGGUUUGCGUCAUCUAAAAAUGCAGAAUGUCUAGACUGACCCGCCUCAUUUUUUAUUAGAAAAUGAUAUCCCUUCUUAAGCAGCUAUUCAGGCCCAAUGGAAUGGCUCCCAGAAGUCAAUGUAGAGUUGAAAUAUCAAGUCUAGAAUGGGAUGUAUCUGGUUCUUGUUAAGAAAGCUUUCUGUUCCUAAAGGACUGCUUUGAAAACAUAAGCAAGAAAAAUUGUGACUUUCUAUAGUAAAUCACACCCCAAACAGGAAGGAUCAAGGGCUCUUAUAAUCCUUCUCUUGUCUGAAAGGACAGUAGCAAUUAUUUUCAUAUGCCACAAAGUUGGUUACCUUGUCUGCAGCUCUCUAGGACAAAAUCAUAUUGAGGAAAAGGGUGUGGACUCUUGAAGAGGAUGUGUGUAUGGGCAAGCCCAGUUUAUUCCCAGUCCCUGUUGGGCAGAACUGUUGGUUUUUCUGGGCAGCAAAUUCACCCAUCAAAGCAUAUCUCCAAAUUAACAAGAAAUAGGGGAAAGCAUUGAUGGUUAAGACACAUCCUCUGCUGUUAACCCCCCUGCCUUCUGGAAAGGUUUUUUGGUGUUACAAGGAGCUCCAGGCACAAGAAGGGGAAUAGAAAAUAUUGGUUGUGCAAGCUGCCUUCUGUUGACACUGCCAUUGGACACAACCAGCAGCAGAGCAUAUGCUCACACUGCCCAGGGCGGGUGCGCUCCUGAGGGGGGUGUGGUGCGAAGGGUGCCCUCCCUGGCACGGGAUAGUAUGUUUCCGAGCACAGUUCAAAGUGUUGACCUUUAAAGCCCUAAACAGCCUCAGUCCAGUAUACCUGAAGGAGCGUCUCCACCCCCAUCAUUCUGCCUGGACACUGAGUUCCAGUGCCAAGGGCCUUCUGACGGUUCCCUCAUUGCGAGAAGUGAGGUUACAGGGAAUCAGACAGAGGGCCUUCUCGGUAGUGGCGCCCGCCCUGUGGAACGCCCUUCCACCAGAUGUCAAAAAGAAAUACAACUACCAGACUUUUAGAAGACAUCUGAAGGCAGCUCUGUUUAGGGAAGCUUUUAAUGUUUAACAGACUAUUGUAUUUUAAUAUUUUGUUGGAAGCCGCCCAAAGUGGCUGGGGAAACCCAGCCAGAUGGACGGGGUAUAAAUAAUAUAUUAUUAUUAUUAUUAUUAUUAUUAUUAUUAUUAUUACUGCCACUUGGGGGCCCAGAGCAGUGCAUGCGCUCUGAAGCCAGGGGCGGAGCGAGCCGCCCAUGGCGGACAUUCGGUGUGCUGCCUGCCCGUGACUCCCAAGCCUCCCCCAAGCUGUCAAAACAAAGGGGGAAGGGGGAAAUGCUGCCGGCAAAACGGCACAGCUCCCCUCCUUACCCCGACGGCUCUGGGUAGUCUUGGGAGUCGAGGACAGGCGGUGGGUCAAAUGUCACCCCCCUCAGUGAGGUCACUCGGGGCGGUCCUCCCCCACCUCCCCCCUUCCUACGCCCCUGGACACAACCCUUAAUAUUUGUCUCUAACAAGACCUUAAAUCAGAGCUUUCCAAACUGUGUGUCACGACACAUGAUUAGUGUGUCAGCUGCAGUGUGUAGGUGUGUCACACAAACACUCCCCACACUCCUCCCAGGGCUGGAAAGGGGUUAGUUUAACCCCGGUUUGCUAGUAAAACUGAAUUACUGUACUGCAAAAUGAUGCAUGUCUAAAAAGUGUAUAAUUAACAUGAAAAGUUUGAAAAGCUCUGCCUUAAAUGGUGCCCUCCAGAUGCUGUUGGAUUACAACUCCCAUCCUUCUUGUUCAUUGGCCAUGCUGUCUGGGGCUGAUGGGUAUUGUAGUCCAGCAACAUCUGAAGGCUACCACCUUGGUUACUCAUGCCUUACAAUCCUUGGCUGUUAAGUUUUGUUUUGUUCUUUUAAAGCUAUGUUCAGAAAUACUCUGCUGUGUAGCGUACCUCUGAAAGAUGCCAGUCUUACUAUAUUGACAGCUGUACAGAAGAAGCAAACAUGGGAAAAAUAUCUAUUGUAACCAGCAUCCUAAGAAUGAAGCCUCUCUUGCUCACAGCCUGAAGCCAGUGAGAGAGUGACUUGAAAUCGGCAUGCAUACUUCCAAAAGCUGGACUAAAAACGAACUCCUUCUAGGAGUUAAAAAAUAUAUAUGCAAAUCUCUUCAAGACUGAAACAACAUACUUUGUUCCCAUAUCAAGUGCUUCUGUGUGAUGAUAAUGAGCAAAAAGGUCAUGCACAUAGCAAUAAUUAACAAUAUGUUUUGGUCCACCCUACCCCACCCUACCCCGAUCUGCCCUUCCCUGUCUCUAGACUUUGUCUGCACCUGCUCCAUUUGCAGGUGAUACAAGCUGCCAGUGCAAAGCCCCCCAUGAGAAGCUAACUAUUGCUCAGGCCCGCCUUGGAACACCAGGUGAGUCUUCUGGAUUUAUGAAAUAUAAAUCAAUUUCAUGGAAUACAGCUUCGAUACUUGCCCUUGCAGGUAGAUUAAGAAAAAUGUAAAAGAUGUUUAUUUCAUUGCUUAGUUGUUUAUUUAAUUGUUUAGUUAAUUGCUGCACAUGCUUUUUAUUGUACCUAUGUUAAAGUAAAAAAAAAAAGUGAAAGGUGAUAUAUAUGUAAGUGUUGACAACCUCAGCUGAAUUUUGUGACUGUCUUUAGGUAGAAAAAGAGGUUUGGAACCAAUAUUUUUCAGUCUAUUAUAUUCUCAGGAGAGUUAAGUUUAGGGAAUGAGUCUUCCUGUAAGCACAGUUUUCUUUUCAUGGACAAGGAAGAAAGUUUGCUACUCGUAGAUCACAUACAUUAGAAGAAGUGGGAUAUAGAUAUAGAUAGAUAUAGAUAUAUUUCCCAUGCUUCCAACUUGUACCAGUGAAAACUGACAGUCGCAAUAUUGGUCUGGAAUUGUCAAUGUGUGAAUGCUGAAAUUAAUCUAAUAUGAGAUAGUCAUUAUAAUGUAUGCAUUUGUCUGUUCGUAGAUUACAGAGAGUACAUUUGUAUAGAUAGAGCAUAUGGACAGUGGGGAAUAAAAUUUGAUCCUAUCAUAAAAUGUUAGGGUGAAAGGGAGCAACUUCUAUCUUAGCUAGAAACUCACUAACCAGCCGUGGCAUGCUGAUAUUAAAGGAAACCACCAAAUAUCUGAAAUAUUCUACAAGGAAGUAUUAUUUUUAAAAAAAAUAUCUCUAUAUGCUUUACAUCUUAGGAGAGUUCUGCAUUUUAGCUCUGCCAUACACAUAUGGUCCAAUGAUGUACACUUAACUUACGUAAAUUCUUCAAACUGGUAGCUUAUUUCUACAUUGUUUCUGUUCUUUUGUCCUAAUCUGGACUAAUUCACAAAAUUUGGGAGUAGGGGUGCUUGAAUAUACCCAUUUUUUAUUUUGAAUAUCUGUAGCCAACAAUACCUCACAGUAGUCUGACACAGAUUUGAGGUACGCUUCUGCUUUGACCUGGACAUUGUUUCCUUGCCCCCACAGUGGACAGACCUGUCAGAGUCUAUGCAGAUGGAAUAUUCGACCUCUUCCAUGCUGGCCAUGCUAGAGCUCUUAUGCAAGCCAAAACUCUGUUUCCUAAUAGCUACUUGUUGGUAGGAGGUAAGGCCAGCAUUUGAAUAAAUAUUAUCAUUGGGUUGAUCAUAUCUGUGGUGCAGUCUUUACGAACAUGCUCAGGAGGUUGCUAGUUUGAACCCACCCAGAGGCAAAACACUGUGAAACAGCAGGAGGAGGAAGCUACUGCCCACAUGUUGCGCUUUUGAGCUUCCCUUAGGCAUCUGUUUAGCCACUGUGAGAAAUGGGAUUUUGAACCUUAUGCCUUUGAUCUGAUCUCCAUAUAAUGUGUAUUGAAUUCCGCCCCAAUGCAAGUACAUUAUUGGCUGUGGCUGUACGGUAGUUAAUCUCAGAUCUGAUGGGAAUGAAAUCAGGAAGAAUUUUAAAUUAAGAUUUAAUCAAGAAUCAGUUUCUGGUUCUUCUUUCUUAAAUCUCAUAGAACUAUCAUGAUAGCAUGAUGUUAAGUUGUGGGUAGACAUAGCAGACGACACAGCGAUUCUUCCAAAGCAGCUCUUUAUUUGUAAGCUGGAACAGAACUGACUGAGGAGCUCAGUCAGCCUGCUUAUAUAGAGCUCCAGAACAAUGUAACUGUUGUCAUUUUCUAAAACUAUCCAAUCACUGAACGUCACUUUCGAUCCUUCAUUUGCAUACAAACUAUCCAAUCACUGAACAUCACUUUCGAUCCUUCAUUUGCAUAACUAUCUACAGUAUCCCCCUGCUGGCCCAGGGUGAGAACUUCAGUACAUAACACAUGAGGUGCACUGAAAACCAUCUUAUCCAAGCUUCUGUGCUGGGGCAUAAUACUACUUUGUUCACCAGUUGCUGGCAUUGAAGGAUGGCAGUACUUGUAGUGGAAAGGAAGCUAAGAGACCCAUACAUAUAUCUCAAUCUGAGCCUCAGAUGGCUAAGUGAGUUUUAGAAAAGUCUAAUUACAGCAGAAAAGACACAUGGAGCUGUUGCAGAUAGCAAAUUACAAUAGACCUGCUACUUAAGCAGGGAUUACAUUCCUGGGAAACCAAAAUUGAAUAUAGUCAAAACACACUUAGUGCAAUGGUGGGUGGGUGGGAUUGCCAAAGUCCCACCCCCCCGGAUGCCACCCCCCCUUCUGCCCCAUUUUUUAUUUAUUUUGCAAAGUGCUUAAAGCUGAAUGAGCACAAGUUAAAUGCAAAUAACAACAACAACAAUUUAUACCCCACCCAUCUGGCUGGGUUUCCCCAGCCACUCUGGGCGGCUUCCAACAGAACACUAAAAUACAAUAACCUAUUAAACAUUAAAAGCUUCCCUAAACAGGGCUGCCUUCAGAUGUCUUAUGCCUUAAGCAUGCUGGCCUACUGUACAUGGUGCAUGUAAUCAGAGCAUCUGAUUCUUUUCCAGUUGUGCUGCCAGAUAAUUUGAACUGCAGCCCAAUCAUCUUUGAUUAGCCUGUAUCAAGGCACAGAGUUGAUGCAACCAUCUCUUGUUACAUCUUGUUUGUAACAUCUAUUUGGGGGGUUGUUUUGUUUUAAUUUCACAGUCAUGAACAAGUAUGAUUUAGUUUGACAAUUUAACUGAGAAAAGAUAGCUUUGAAGAAUUUCUAACCAAACAGGUGUACUACAUUUUACAGAGCCUGUGCUGUUCUGUUCUGAUUUUUUCAUGUGCGUAUGUCAGUUUGCAGUGAUGAUCUAACCCAUGAGUUCAAAGGCUUCACUGUAAUGAAUGAAGCAGAGAGGUAUGAGGCCCUCAGACACUGCCGCUACGUUGAUGAAGUAAUCAGAGAUGCUCCGUGGACACUCACACCGGAGUUUCUGGAAAAACAUAAGGUGCCUUUCUCUCAUUGUUCAACAGAUGAGGAAGGGGUGGGGAGCUUAAUGAGGUUGCUGAUUUUUGUUUAGAAUAUGAAUCUGGCAUGCAUAUAAAGCAUGCCACUCUUCUGAACUGGACCAUUUCCCUCUUUCUCUUAGUUCCUUUCUGGCUCAAACUGUAAUCCAAGCUAGAAAUUUGACCUCCCAUACUUGGCUGUGGCAAUGGCAGCAGCAGCAAGGGAUGUCUUUCCUCCCCUCUACUUUCCUUGAGAUGCAGGUGCUAAGGUUGGGAGGAAUCCUCAUUUUCCCAGGGGGCAUUUCAAGUGCAUAUGAAGGGAGCAGGAAAUGAGACCUCACUCUCUUUCUGUCACCACCAAACAAAGAAAGAAAUAAAAAAAUGAAGAAAGAGAAAGAAGCAGAAGCAGAUAGAUAAGUGGACUGAGGGCUCAUUGGGGGCUGGAAAAGCAAUUGAGACCCCAUCACACUCCUAAAAACACUGCUCAACAAUAACAAUAGAUCAUGGCCAAUAAUAUUACCAUAGGUGGUCACUCCACGUUUUUGGAAUAGCCCCAAUUUAGUGGCGGCUUUGUGUUUUGAAGCAAGCACUCUCAGAUAUUGUGAAAUACUUUUCCUUUAGCAAGUUCACUGAUAUUAACAUAAUAGCUAAUUCAGGCAUGGGACACCUGUGGCCAUCCAAGUGUUGUUCGACUGCAACCCCCAUCAUCCCUGACCACUGGCCAUGCUGGUUGGGGCUGAUGGGAGUUGCAGUCCAACACCCAUCUGGAGGGUGAAACAUGUUUCAUUGCUGAGCCAAUCUGUGCAAGCGAUAGGAUGUGUGGAAGUGAUUAUAGCCAGCGUCAGGUUCUUUAUUGGUAUCACUUACACAAAUAUAAAGCAUUUCUCUAAAAGAAAGGUUCAUAAUUAAACCAUAAUCUCAUGUGCUACAUAUUAAUCACAACCACCAAUUAACAAUAGCCUAAAAUGUCUUAGGUUAUUACUGCAAUGCAUAUUUCUUUAAGUUCAUAAGAAAGCUGGUAGAAGCAAGUAAAUAAGUUAUGCUUUAAAAUUAACAACCAAGCCUUUAAAAUUAACAACCAAACCUAAUUUCAUUUCUUCAUUUUUCCAUGUAUUCCAGAUUGAUUUUGUAGCCCAUGAUGACAUUCCAUAUUCUUCUGCUGGUUCAGAUGAUGUUUACAAGCAUAUAAAGGAAGCAGGUGGGUGCCAGUUUAUACUUUCACUACGUGUUUUUAAAGUGGGCAACCUUUUUUAGACUGAGGGCCACAUUCCCUUCUGGGCCACAUUCCAGGAGCCACAGAGGCUAGAGGAUAAAGUGCCCAGAGCAACAAGUGUAAAUUUUGCCCUUGAACAGUAGGCUAGUUUCUACACAGAGUCUUCUGAAUUUUUUGUGAGACAGUGAAUUCACACUACAUCCUCUUAAGGAGAAUUGGAAUCUUUCCACCAUCUUUAUUGGGGUCAAUAUUGAUCCCAAGAGAACAAAUUAAGUUCCUGUGUGAUGACAGAAAUCUCUUUAAGUUGUUAUCAGCACAAUUAACAGUGCCAAAGAGCAAAGUAUUUAAAGUUCCAUUCCUGAGCUUUGUAGAGGACACCGCUCAGGUUGUUGUUCCAAGAUUUGCCUUACUGGAGAACGGAAGAUUAGAAAUAAGCAAAUUAUUACUUGUCCUUUUGAUUGCUCAAGCAUUCAAGGAAAUUCAAUAAACAAACAAACAAACACAUGAUGUCCCGAAUUGGGCAGAUAGUUUGGCAAGUAUUUAAAUAAAAUAAAAAAUCAAGGGCCAGAAUGAGGCCAUUCUUAAACAAAUGAUUCUUAUAUGACAGUUGGAGGUUAAUCAUUGCUCUUUUCCCUUUUCCUUUCUAAUCAGGAAUGUUUGUACCAACUCAGAGAACUGAGGGCAUAUCAACUUCAGAUAUUAUUACGAGAAUUGUACGUGAUUAUGAUGUUUAUGCCCGCCGCAACCUCCAGAGGGGAUACACUGCUAAGGAGUUGAAUGUCAGCUUUAUUAAUGUAAGUACAUUGGUCUCUUAAGUCAUAUUCAACGUCGAAAUUGGAUUAUAACCCACCUUCUGCCCAGAAGAGGGACAUGCCAGAACAGGGACAAGGUCUAGGAAGCCCAUAUAUAUAUACACACUCGGCUCUUCAUCAGCCCAAUGUCUACAGUCAGCCAUCAUUCUAGACUGAGAAAACUGAAUGCAAGUACCAAAUUCUAUCCACUAAACUAAGACACAACACCUUCCAUUGGUUCCACCUACCCAAAGCUCCUCACACGGUUCUGCCUUUCCUAUCAGCCAAGAUAGCUAAAUGGAACCUCCAUGAUCAGAAUCAGUAUGCCUCUGAAUACCUGAUUCUGGUGGGAAACAGCAUGCUGUUGCCCUCAUGCCCAUCAUGCAAGCUUCUCAGGCAUAUUUGCCUGGCCACUGUUGCUUAAUAAAAGAUGAAAUUAUUUAUAGUGUUUCCAAACAGCUUUGCUAUUAAAAUACUCAGAAGUAUCAAAAAACUCAAGCCAUGUGUGUUUAAUAAGCGCAAAGGAUUAAAAAGAGCACAGCAGCAGUGAACAGAAUGAAAGACCUGACCAGUAUCAAAGAUAAACAGUAGCCUGGUUAACGCAUAAAGUUAAGCAAUUAUUUGUGUAGUCACAAGUUGUCCCACAGACUAAUAAAUAAAUUGUAGGUUGUUUUUCCAAAGUUCAGUUUGCUUCGCAGCUUCUCUUGCCUUAUGCCUUUGGGUGAGCAUCUGGGGUAGCAAAAGAUGGUAGUCCUCCAUUCCAUGUAGAGACACCCAGCAGACACGCAAUUGGACUGUAGUUCAAUACUGUCCAUGACAGCAUCCUCCACUACACCUAAAGCCAGCAGGUUGGCUCAGGUUGAGAGUCUUACUUAAAGUACUAUGUUGUACUAGUCACCCCAUCAUGCCUCUGCUAUACUAGCCAUCUACCCAACAGCUGCAGUGCUGGACUUAUACCACUUCAUAAAGAGGAUUUCAAAACAGGCUGCAAGUAAUAAAUGGGUGCAGAUAACUGGAGACAGAUAACAGUUAUUCCCUUCUCCCCCAAUGUGAUAGUUUCUGUCUGUACCCUCUAUAAUCUGGAGCAAUAUAGUCUUGAACUAGCAGGACCUGGAACAAAAUUAUUUAUUUUCAUGUUUACCAGGAGAAGAAAUACCGCUUUCAGAACCAGGUGGACAAAAUGAAAGAAAAAGUGAAGAAUGUGGAAGAAAAGUCGAAAGAGUUUGUGAACCGAGUGGAAGAAAGAAGUCAUGAUCUCAUUCAGAAAUGGGAAGAGAAGUCUAGAGAAUUUAUUGGGAACUUUUUAGAGCUGUUUGGGCCAGACGGAGCUUGGGUACAUACUCUAAACUGUGCUUUAUAUUUACUUCCAUCUCCCUUAAUAUCAGUAGAGGCUACAACAAGUUGCAGCAGGAUUUACAACAGACUGCUUUUGCAAAUUCUGUGCACUGUAAAUAUUCAUAUUAGGAAAACAUACCUGAUACACAUUAGGAAACGUUUAUAGUCUUUUUUCAGAGGCAGUGUGUAGUUAAUUUGGACUUGGAAGAUUUAAAUAAUAUAGCCAUAGAUAAGCCACAGUGUUUUAGCCACAGCUUGUAAAUCAGUAAAGUGGGACCCAUUAAAUCGUAUGAACAUUUGAAGCUACUUUGUGUUGCCAGACCAUUGAUCAAUCUAGUCUGGCUAGGUUGACCAAGUUUCUGACUUUUAUCGAGGAAAAUCCUCUGCUUGAAGGGGUGCCCACUCCAAGUACAGUGUAAUGAUAAUGAAACCAUGAGAACAGCGGCACUAAAAUUGCCCAUCAUCAGUUUGCACCUGGACAAAGCAUGCCCUUUGCCAUCAUUUUUUUUUUUUACCACAAGUUAGGAUUUAAAAAGCACUUUGCACACUAAAAGCUGCUAUGUAAAGCACUAAGACUGGUCCUAAGGAGGUGCAGUUGUUGUGUAUGACUGCACACUGACUUAUAGACUGAAAGUUCAAAGAGGAAACAAUUUUUGUUUCUUGUGUGAUUGAGAGUGGCAGCAAUGACAGAGCAAGGAACUAGAAGCAAUUUUACAUGAAGGCCUUUGUAGUGCCAAGCCACAUAAAAUUAUCCACUGAAGAGUGAAAUCAGAGGUGGCAUUGUUCUAAAGAAAAGCUUAAUGACAGUAAAGCCCAUGUGUCCUGGGGGAGGGGGGAAAUUAAGUCCAUGUCAGCAACUGCAAAAGGUGAGCUUUUUCAUGAUAACUUGCUAUUACUGUCAAAAUUGUUAUUAACAUUAAUUUUCCAUAUCAGACAUGGCUUUCAGUGUUGACACUGCAUGCACAGGAAUAGUUCCAAGCGUGCUAACUUCUCAGACCAGCAAUGUGCAUCCAUUAAUACGCUAUUAUUAUAAUAACUAUUUGCGAAAUAAUACAUUCUGUGCCCACAUACAAUUUCUAGAAGUUAGGCAAGGAGUGCACAGUCCACUUAAAAUAAAAACGCCUAUAAAUUGUUCCAGUACUGUUUUGCUUCUAUUUUCCCAAAUUAGUUCGUAGUAGUCUCUAUAGCAGUAAUUCCCAAGCUUUGUGCAAGAACACACCAAUCUGCUGCUGAGACUGCUAGUGUGCUGAAAGAAAGAAAGAAAAUACUUAUUUUCCUCUCUGUUUGCUUUCCAGAAGCAGAUGUUUCAAGAGCGGAGUGGGCGCAUGCUUCAAGCCUUGUCUCCAAGGCAAAGCCCCACAAGCAGUCCAACACGAGGGCGUUCCCCAUCACGGUCUCCAUCUCCCCCUUCCCCCUGGCUCUUCAGAAAGGCUUCACCUCCUUCCUCCCCAAAAGCCGCCUCAGCAUCCAUUAGCAGCAUGAGUGAAGGAGAUGAAGAUGAAAAGUAAAAAAGGAAAGAGCAAGGUAAUGAGUAAAAAGAGGAGGGAGGAACCACAAUUGGUCCCACUAAUUCAGAAGUCAAGUGGAAAGAAUAAAGGGGGUAAAUGAGGUAUGAGAUGUUUCUUGAAAAGGAUGCGGCACCACACAGAUAAUGGAGCACAGAAGAUCUCAGCUACAGCACCGAUAUUUGCUGAAGAGGGAACUGCCAGACCAACAGCACACAAUGAAAGGAUAUGCAAACAUUUGACUCAUUUCUCAACAAUUAUCAACACUUCAUUGUGCGGUUGCAGUUGUUGUUGCUUGAGCACCUUGAAGAGUUAUGGGAAAUCCGGCACUGAAGGGGAACCAUGUGUCGUUUCAGACAAACAAAGCUGGUAUAUGGUACUAAGAGGCAUUCCCUUUGGCUACACAAGAUGCAUCAACAUUUGAACUCCAUUGCACAUUUGCUAAGAGCUGAACUUUUGAAAAUAAAGUACUGUCUGGAAACUGCAAAAGCUCCCACAGUGCAAACAAGGGAGAACAAUAAACUCUCCAAUCAAACCAUGUUUAUAGAACUUAACCUGUCUUUCACAAUGGACAUACUUUUAAUCUCUUAAGUUUGUUGAAUGUUGCUUGUUGAGCAGGCUUUUCUGUAGGGCCAGUUUAUUUUAAUGUGAACACAAAUUGUUUGGUCAUCUCUUACUAUGUUUUACUAAUGCACCCAAAACUAAUUUUCUUUUCUUCUUUUUUUGUAAGAGUUUAUUUCCUGAUGUUUGAGAAAGCUAUUUCAUAUCUGGGAAAUUUUAUUUAUUUUUGAUUAAUCUAUAAAAAGGCCAAUGUCCAGGCUAGCACCCAGUCAUCUAGUAUCCGCAGGGUUGAUUUUAAAAUUAUUUUCUCAAAUAAGAUUGUGAGUAGAAACUGAACAAGUUAACUGUUAAGAGGUCAGUCUCACGGGAUUGACUGAAAUGCUUUUUCAUUCUGGUUAAAUGUUUUAAUGUGUAAAUACCCAUGGGAAUCCAAUAGAAAAAAAGAUUACAUUAGAACUGCCUCUUCAUUACAGACCUUUGUAAAAUUGGAAGGUUUUAACAGUUCCACAGUGAAUUAUGCAUACAACUACAUUUUAUUCUAUCCUAUGCAUGAAUCGGUUUUUAAAAGAAAAUAAAACAUGCCCCCUAUUUUAUGCUCAAGAUUUAUUCAGCAAAUAGGUAUUCAGAAGAACAUAUAUAUAUUCCCUAUAUAAAGCCAGCCCAUACCUUUGUAACCUCCCUACAAUAACUUCUGAAACAUCUGCCACCAGCCUUUCUGAGUUCCUCCCCUGUUAAAAAGUGAUAUUACAAAGAGAAUGACGUUGUUUGUGAUCCUACAGCAGGCCUACAUAAUCUGUGACCCAUUAAACUGAAUGUAGUCUACUGACCAUGUAUCAGACCUUCUGUAAACCUCCUGGGUUUGCUUCCUUUCCCCGGAAUGCAGGGGAAUUGUUAGGCAGGUGACAAAUAACAAUAUGUAGCUGGUUAAGUUUAAGUUGUGCCCUACAGAUAAAUGAACUGGCUCACCUUUCUAAGGAAGCUGCUACACAUUAACUCUCU